UGCGGGGACGAUCGCUGGGGAGUGGGGCAUGGACUCCUACGCGGCGAGGCCGCUCGACGACAACGCCGCGCGGCCGCGGCCGUCCCCGCUCGCCGACGGCCUUCCUCCUCCGCGCUGGCCUCCUGCUCCUCGUCCACGCGGCGGCGGGGACGCGCGGCGCGGCGGCGGCCUUGCGGAGCGCGGGGUCGCUGCACCGGGCGCGGCCGCGGCUUCCGGAGGGAAUGCGGCGGGCGUCGCAGGCGAGCUGGUCGGCGAGGCUGCGGCUGGGGUCGCCGCUUCUGGUGUGGCGCGGGAGGAGGAGAUGGGAGGCGGCGCCGAGGCGGGGACCAAGAGGCGCUUGCCGCUGGCUCCCGCGCGCCCGCCGCCCAAGCGGACGGCGGUCUCCGCGAGGCGUCAGUUCCCGUCUGGUUGCGGGCGACUCGCGACUGCUUCGCUCGCCGGCGCCGGCGCCGGCGCCGGUUCACGAAGCGGAGAUGCUGGUGCCCGCAGCUGUUCUGGUGUACUGGAAAGCAAGGACGGUGCUCUGUUGGGGGCGGCGACUCACAGUGCUACAUGUUCGAGUGCGCUGGAGAAGGUGUCUGCAGCGGUCGCUGAUGGCCCAGUGCCGGGCUGCGGCCAUCAUGUUCCAGAGGCAGGUGCGGUGAAAUCUUCAUCAGAGGCUCUGCGCCGGGGUGAUGUGGCUGCCCCAGAUGGUUCGUUGGACAUCGGUUCCCAAGGCGUUCCUGCUGUUUCAGUGGAGGGCAGGGGAAACGGAGCAGGGAGUGGUGAAUUGCGGAGGAAGGAGUUAGUGCCAGCUGCGCCUUUGCAAGCAGAGUCGAUGGUCUCUUUCGCCAAACGCAGCUCCCCCCUUGGUUGCGGGAGGGACGCAGUGUUAUCUGUUCUUGUUGGGGGAGGCAUCGGAUUGGAAUCUGGUGCUGCUGAUGGUGAUUUGAGUGUGGCAGAAAUUGUGCCUUCACAACCCAAUGGUACUAUUGAUGGAACAGUACAGGAUGGUGGACUGGAGGAGGGUGAGAUUGCUCCCGAGGUUGUGGUUCAAGAAUCUCAAGUUUCUACCGGCGAUACUCUGCAAAAUUCUUCAGCUUGUACACAUGGACCUUCUACAGAUUUUCGUGCUGCUGAAACUUCUGCGAUGCAGCCUUCUAACGAGAAGACUGAUGGGAACACAUUGCCGUGUGAGAAGAAGGGAUCGUCAUGGUUAGUUGCAAAAGAUGUCGAGGUGAUGAACCAAUCCAUUGGGAGUUCAAGCAAUAUUGUUGCUGAAUCUUUGGCUGCAGAUUCGUCCAAACAAAAUAUGAUUGGCAAGAGAGUGUCUAACAGUGCUAGGAUGAAGAUCAUGCAUACAUCUCCGAGACUUGCAAAAAAUCUGCACAAGGAGGAGACAGAACAGGGAAGGCCUGAUAGGAUUAAGGAUACUGCUGAGCUUACUACAGAUCAAGUUAUGCAAGCUCACACGUCUUCUUCAGACAAGUUCCUCAUGACACAGGAAAAGGAGGCCGCUACAUCUAGGGGCUUCUUUGGUCCUAGGAAGAAGGUGAAGGUAAAAACUCCAGCUCAUCUACGGAUGAAGAUUGCCUCUGCACGUGCAUUGGGUAGCAAGGGGAAACUGAACGACGAGGUGGCUUCCAACUUGGAUGAUGAUGACAUAUUGAAGGCACUAGUUGUUCAUGAAGGAAAGCUUGAACUAUACCUCAAGAAUUCAUCAGGUCUUACUUCUGCCAGGUGUCAGCAACAUGGAUCCCAGAAUGCAGAUGCUAGGAGCAAAUUCAAGAUGUUGUGCAGAAGGUUUGAGUUUGUAUGCCGAGCUCUAGUGCAAGCUGUGGAGCAGCGUUCACUGAAGAUUAGGAGAAUUGACCUUGAAGCUGACAAGGUGAUAAGAAAUUUACCGGGUUUUAUCAAACAUGAUGCUAUUGUGGGACAAGUCCCUGGAGUUGAAGUUGGUGAUGAGUUUCUAUACAGAGUUCAGCUUGCCAUUGUUGGUCUACAUCGUGUAUACCAGGGAGGCAUUGACACCACAACACAUAGAAAUGGCGAGCGCAUUGCAAUAAGCAUUGUUGCUUCUGUAGGUUAUCCAGAUGAGUUGCCUUGCUCAGGUGAAUUAAUAUACACUGGUUCUGGUGGAAAGCCUGCUCGUAAGAACUAUGUUGAAGAUCAGAAGCUUGAGGGGGGCAAUCUUGCAUUAAAAAACUGUAUCAAAACAAAAACUCCAGUCAGGGUGAUUUAUGGCUUUAAGAGGCAGAAUACCGAGGGAGGCAGCCAUUCCAGGGCCAAACAAAUCUCAACAUUUACUUAUGAUGGACUGUAUCGGGUGGUGGAUUUCUGGAUGCAUGGUCGGCCGGGUUCAAGGGUGUUUAAAUACAAGUUGCGAAAGAUUCCUGGACAGUCAGAAUUGCCAAUGCACAUAGCUAAAGGGGUAAGGAAGUCCAAAACGCGUCCAGGCCUGUGCAUGGUUGAUAUAUCUCAAGGGAAGGAGGGAACUCCCAUCUGUGUCAUUAAUACAGUUGAUGAUGUGCAACCCACACCGUUCCGAUACAUCACCAGAAUUAAAUAUCCAUCGGGGCUUACAAAAAUACGCCAACACGGUUGUGACUGCACCAACGGAUGCUCAGACUCUGCGAGCUGUGCGUGUGCUGUGAAGAAUGGAGGGGAAAUCCCAUUUAACUCAAAUGGUGCAAUUGUCAAUGAAAAGCCCCUGAUAUUUGAGUGUGGUCCAUCUUGUAAAUGCCCUCCUUCAUGCCAGAACAGGGUCAGUCAGCAUGGUAUGAAAAUACCACUGGAAGUAUUCAGGACAACCAAGACAGGUUGGGGUGUAAGAUCCUUAAGGUCCAUCACUUCUGGCAGCUUCAUAUGUGAGCAUGUUGGUGAGCUGUAUGGCAAGGAAGCUGACAAGAGAAGGAACAGUGAUUACUUGUUUGAUGUAGGCCUUAACUGUGGUGAUGGAUUGCUAUCAACUGUUUCGGGUCCGAACACUUCUAGCUCCUGCUCUGGGAUCAUGGAAGAUGUGGGCUUCACGGUAGAUGCAGCUGAGUAUGGAAAUAUUGGAAGAUUCAUCAACCACAGCUGUUCACCUAAUCUUUACGCACAAAAUGUUAUUUGGGACCAUGAUGACAAAAGGGUGCCUCAUAUUAUGUUCUUUGCUGCGGAGACAAUUCCACCGCUACAGGAGCUCACUUAUGACUACAACUACGAAAUAGAUCAUGUCCAAGAAGCGAAUGGAAGGAUAAAAUUCAAAGUUUGUCAAUGCGGUUCUCCACAAUGCUCUGGGAGGCUAUACUAAGGCAUGGUCAACUGCAAGUCGCAUUGUAGUUUUGUGAAGAACAAUAUGCUAAGGAGUGUAGUUCACUUGUAUUUUAAGUCGAUGAUACGUAGAUACUAGAUAGUAUGAGAUGUUACUGCUAGUAAACAAAAGUUUUAGUCUUAGUUGAUGACAUGUAGAUAACAUGAGAUGCUACUGCUGGUAAAGAAAAUCAAUAGUUAUACUCAACCUAUUGUCUUGCAUUUUCA